UAGAGAGCACGCCGGCCGUCUGCCGCGGCAUGGAUGUGAUCUACCCCCUGGCGGUGCCCAAGGGUCGCAGGCUCUGCUGUGAGGUGUGCGAAGCCCCGGCCGAGCGGGUGUGCGGGGCCUGCACAGUCACAUAUUACUGUGGUGUGGUUCAUCAGAGAGCUGACUGGCGCAGCAUCCAUGAGAAGAUAUGUCAGCUGCUGAUUCCCCUGCGCACGUCCAGGCCCUUCUACAACUCGGAGGAAGAGCGGCAGCAUGGCCUGCAGCAGCUACAGCGGCGCCAGAAGCACUUGAUUGAAUUCUGCUACACUGUAGCCCAGAAAUACCUCUUUGAAGGAAAAUAUGAAGCUGCUGUUCCAGCAGCUUUGCACUCUCUUCGCUUCCGCAUGAACGUGCAUGGCCUGAGUUCAGUCGAGCUGGUGCCUGCCUACCUGCUGUUGGCCGAGGCGAGCCUUGGUCUGGGCCGCGUCGUCCAGGCUGAGGAGUACCUGUCUCAAGCGCAGUGGACAGUCCUCAAAUCAACUGAAUGCAGUUACGCCACCCAGUCUUUACUGCAUCGGAACCUGGGACUUGUCUGCAUGGCCAAGGGAAACUGUGAGGAAGCCCGGGACCACCUGGCCAAUGAUAUUUAUUUUGCCAGUUGUGCAUUUGGAACAGAGCACAUCAGGACCUCAGGAGGCUACUUCCACCUGGCUAAUAUCUUCCACGGCCUACAAAAGUUGGACCUGGCAGACACACUGUACACCAAGGUCUCUGAGAUCUGGAGUAAAUAUUUGAACGAUCGCUGUGAAGCCCUCUCCCAGGCUCGCAUCCAACAACUAGAUCUCCUGGGCAAACGAUUUGAAACGGACACCGGCUUGGAUGGGGAAACUGAGCCAGGGGAUCAAAGAGAUUUGACCAGCGUUGGGAAGAAUUCAGAUCCUGAGCGUCACACACAGCUUUGGAGGCUAAUAAGGGACAGAUCUGGGGAAAUGAAAAAAAAGGACCCUGCCAGAGCCCCCCCUGAGAUUUCUGCAGAGCAUCCAUUUCUCAUAUGACGUCCCUCUGGGACGCGUAAGCGAAGGCAGACUCCUCUUUGCUCAUCUGUUCUGGCGCCUUAACCUCUUCCUUUCCUGAACAGCGAGCGCCUCAGUGGCAGGGCCGAGUCUGACUCAUCCCUACCCCCAGCCUCGUUCCCCCAGAAAUCGUAAAAAGAGAUGGGGGGGGUCUAGCUUCUGCUCCAAAGAGACACAUAGCAUAGCGGGCGAGACAGAACCUACGUGAAAGAAGAAACUUCUGCAAGUACAAAUUAUAUGACAGAGUGAGUCCCGAAUGAAGAGGUGAGGACAGCUGGGUGGCACUGAAGAGGGAAGACUUCCUGGAGGAGAAGUUUUGAGCUAAUAUUUUAAAAAUUAAUACAAUUAAUAAAAUUUAUUGAAUUUUCCCUCCAUAGCGAAUGUUCCUUUCCAUAAAAGUGGUUCAUGUUAAUACAGAAAACUUGAAAAUCAUAGCUCUCCAAAGACAGCCAACCAUAACAUAAUAGUGUAUGGAUUUUCUUUUUCUCUAAGCUUAGUACUUAAAAAAUGCUUUUAGAACUUGGCCCAUCAUAAGUCAUUAUAAGUUAAUAAAUGGUAUCGAGAGCCAAAAAUUGCUGGGGCUAAUGAUAAACAGCCUUGAAUGGGGAAAGCGGAAAGGGACCUGUAAGAGUGAGCCGUUUGUUUGUUUGUUUGUUGUAUUUUUAGGGCCACACCCUCAGCAUAUGGAUGUUCCCGGGCUAAAGGUUAAAUUGGAGCAACGUGGGAUCCGAGCUGCAUCUCCAACCUACUUCAGAGCUG